UAUAUAUAAAACCAUAUAUAUACAACUCUGCACUUGUUGGAACCUUUGACAAUAAAUUAAUAGGAAUAGUUUCCGUACAAUUAACAAAAUGAAACGACUUGUGUCAAGUUGUUGCAUGAGAUGCGGUGGAAGAGCUGCGGCCGCCGAUGAGCAUGAAUCAGAAUCAGAAUCAUGGGAAUUAUUUUUCAAACUCCAAACUCUUCAAGUUGCUACAAAUUUCUUUUCAGAUUCUAACAAACUUGGUCAUGGUGGUUUUGGUCCUGUUUACAAGGGUUUAUUGCCUAAUGGCCAAGAAGUAGCAAUCAAGAAGUUAUCGCUUACAUCAAGACAAGGCCUGCGUGAAUUCACUAAUGAGGUGAAAUUACUACUCAAAAUUCAGCAUAAAAACUUGGUUAUGUUAUUAGGAUGCUGCAUAGAAGGACCGGAAAAGAUGCUUGUAUACGAGUAUCUUCCAAAAAAGAGCCUCGACUACAUUCUUUUUAAUAAAGGAAAGUCUCGAGCAUUGCAUUGGACCCAACGGUUUCAAAUCAUUGUAGGCGUUAUAAGAGGUCUUCUCUACCUCCAUGAAGAAGCCCCUGUAAGGAUCAUCCAUAGAGACAUCAAAGCAAGUAAUAUUUUGUUGGAUGAGAGUUUAAAUCCCAAAAUUUCAGAUUUUGGUUUGGCACGACUUUUUCCUGGUGAUGAUACACAUUUGAAUACGCUCAGAAUUUCUGGUACCCAUGGAUACAUGGCUCCUGAGUAUGCGAUGCAUGGAUAUUUGUCGGUUAAAGCUGAUGUCUUCAGUUUUGGGGUUUUAGUUUUGGAGAUUGUUAGUGGCCGAAAAGUUAGUGAGCGGCAGCUUGGUGCUGAAAAGUCAGAUCUUUUGAGCUAUACGUGGAGCCUCUUCCAAACAGGGAAGCAACUGGAGUUAGUUGAUGAAAACCUUGAAACAUGUAACAUUAGUGAAGCAUUAAUGUGCAUACAGUUAGGGUUGUUAUGCUGUCAAGCUAUCGUUGCUGAUAGGCCCGAUAUGAAUGCUCUGCAUCUCAUGAUAUCAAAGGAUUCUUUUACCCUUCCCCACCCAGGAAAACCUGGUCUUCAAGGGCGUGGAGGACGUUGGACCACCAACACUUCAUCCGCACUUACUAACACUAAUGCUAGUACUUCUGCCACAUAUUAUACUAAACCAUCUAUUACUAGUUCCAUAGAAGAAUAUUCAAGAAAUUCUAUUUCGUUUUCAUCAAUGAAUGAUGGUAGAUAAGGCAAUUAUUUUCAUGUGUGGCGGUCAUUUAUAUUUUUACAUUUUUUGAUUAUUGAUGUUGGUAUGAAUUUAGAAUCUUUCUCAUGUCGUAAAGUGAUCGAUUACUGUGAA